GCUUAGCAAUGAUGCUAGCAGCUGGUUGGCGUACUCCUGCCCCAGUUGCAGCGGCGCCACCAGCCAGCAGGUGCACAUGGCGCGUGCAAACCGCACAGAGAGGACUGGCAUGGCCUCGGGUCAUUCCUGUGGCCUUGGGAUUGGCUGCCGGUGCCAGCCGGAGGGCCCACGCCAAAGCAGCGAGGGCGGAGGCCAGCGAGGCCUCUGACAGCCGGUUGAGUUUGGACCUAAGAGGCCGCAAAGCGCUGGUGACAGGGGGCUCACGGGGCAUCGGCCUUGCCACUGCAGAGCUGCUGUUGUCGCUGGGUGCAGAUGUGGUCAUUUGCGCACGUGGUGAGGAGGACCUCCUGGCUGCUGCGCAGCAGAUGCCUCAAAGCGAACACUGCGUGGCCAUCCAGGCAGAUCUCUCCAGCGAGGAGGGCGUCACGAAGCUUGAGCUGGACAUCCUGGUGAACAACUGCGGCAUCAACAUCCGCAAGCGGGCAGAGGACUUCACGCAGGAAGAGUUUCAGCAAGUUUUCGAUACCAACUUCAUGAGCUGCAUGUGGCUCUCGAAAGCAGCGCUGCCACUGCUCAAGAAGGCGAGUCAAAACGGCGGCCGAGCGGGUGGCGCUGCGAUUGUGAACAUUUCCUCGGUUGCUGGAUCCGGCCACAUCCCUUCCGGAUUCCCUUAUGCAGCGUCGAAAGCUGCCAUGAACCAGAUGACCCGGAAUUUGGCUGUUGAAUGGGCGCGGUUUGGCAUCCGUGUGAAUGCAGUGGCGCCGGGCGCUAUCGCCACGCCACUUGUGGCAAAGGCCAACCCUACCUACAUCGACGACUUCAAGGGACGUAAGCCUCUCGGGCGGCUGGGCGACGUCAAGGAGGUAGCCUGGCCUAUUGCCUUCCUUGCUAGUGGGGCGGCAGCCUUCAUAACCGGGCAGACGCUACAUGUGGAUGGUGGCUUCACGGCCACAAGCUUCAAUGAAGUCCCUGACUACUGGGCCGAGUGA